AUGCGCAUAUUCCGGGCCAUGAUGCAGUCAGUGCCAGCAACAUGGAAGUUUGCGCCGUUGAAUCGGCCCUACACCCCUAGCCCACAGACGCGGAAGCUGGAGGGGAUAGUUUUUGAUGUUGACGGUACGCUAUGCGAACCUCAAACAUACAUGUUCUCGGAAAUGCGCUCGGCGCUGGGCAUCUCCAAAUCAGAGGACAUUCUCGAGCACGUUUACGGCCUACCCACUCCGGAGCAGCAGCACCAAGCAAUGGAACUCAUCCGCGACAUUGAGCGGCGCGCCAUGCUCAAGCAGGUCGCCCAGCCCGGGCUAGAGAAGCUGAUGGCCUACCUGGACGCGCGGGGCAUCCGCAAGGGCAUCUGCACGCGCAACUUCGAGACGCCCGUCAACAACCUGCUGAGCAAGUUCCUAGCCGGCAGCGUGUUUGCGCCCAUCGUGACGCGCGACUUUCGGCCUCCCAAGCCCGACCCGGCGGGCAUCUUGCACAUCGCCCGGAGCUGGGGCCUGGUGCGCAGGAGUACGGGCGAGGCGGGAGUGCCCGCGGAUCCCAGGGAGGAGGAGAAGCGCCGGUCGUCCGAGGGACGUGGCCAGGAUGGUGGGGGUUCGGUGGAUGGUCCCGACUUGCUGCAGACGGAAACCGGCGAGGUUGUUGCCGACGCAAGCGGUUUGAUAAUGGUCGGUGAUAGCAUCGACGAUAUUACGGCAGGCCGCAGGGCAGGGGCCAGGACUGUUCUUUUGGUGAACGAUGUCAACCACCACCUGGCUGAUCAUGAACACACCGACUUGGUGAUAUCGCGACUAGACGAGUUGAUAGAUGUCCUAGAGAACGGCUUGCUUUGA